UCUCAUUACCUUCAAUUUCUAUUUUCUAACAAGCAAAGAAAAGAAUUCUUACUGCAAAAACCAUAUAUGCGUACAUAUAUAUAUCACCUUCAUCUUCAAUUCUCUAAAUCUCUCUAUCUCUCUUUAGCUUAUCAUAUGGAAAUUUGUCUUAGAACAACUCUCACUGUGCAAUGUGUUCUUGCAAUCCUUCUAUCUUUAUCAGGUUUUAGAUUUGUUGAAUCGCUUGGUAUUAACUACGGUCAAGUUGGCAACAAUUUGCCCCCGCCAGACAAAGUUCUUGUACUUCUGGAGUCACUAAGAGUCACCAAAACUCGAAUCUACGAUACGAAUCCGGAUAUCUUAACCGCAUUUGCGGGUUCUAGUAUUGAAAUCAUUGUAACAGUGGAGAACGACAUGUUAGGGACGUUAAUGGACCAACAACAAGCAUUACAAUGGGUAACUUCACGUAUAAAACCCUAUGUUCCAGCCACAAAAAUAACCGGUAUAGCGGUUGGCAACGAGGUGUUCACCGGAGACGAUAUGACACUGGUGGAUAACUUGGUUCCAGCAAUGGUUAGCAUCCAACGAGCUUUGAAUCAAUUAGGGUUGCAACAAUAUAUUCAAGUGUCCACUCCGUCGUCAUUAGCGGUUCUUGCUAAUUCUUAUCCGCCAUCCGAAGGGGCGUUUACGCCAAAGCUCACAACGAUAAUGACGCAACUUUUACAGUUUCUUUCGGCUACAAAAUCGCCAUUUUGGAUCAAUGCAUACCCUUAUUUUGCUUACAAAGAUAGCCCUGAUAAAAUCUCUAUAGAUUACGCGCUUUUCAACCCUAAUUCGGGAAUGAUUGAUCCGCGUACUAAUUUGCAUUACGACAACAUGUUAUAUGCUCAAGUAGACGCGGUUAUAUUUGCAAUGGCGCGGUUAGGGUACGGUGGGAUCGAGGUCAGGGUGUCCGAGACAGGAUGGCCAUCAAAAGGUGACCCUAAUGAAGUUGGUGCAACACCACAAAAUGCAGCUAUUUACAAUAGGAAUUUAUUAAAAAGACAAUUGAGUGGUGAAGGGACACCAUUGAGGCCUAAAAUGAGGCUCGAGAUCUACUUGUUUGCUUUGUUUAAUGAGGAUAUGAAGCCCGGCCCGACAUCUGAGAGGAACUACGGGUUGUAUCAACCCGACGGUUCCAUGGCUUAUAAUGUUGGGUUAACGGCUCUAUCGACAAGCACUACAACCCCGUCAACGUCGACAUCGACGCCAAAAUCGACCCCUUUGUCUUCUAUCACGCUUACUUCGAUGGCUACCAAGAUAGAAAGAGUUGCGGAUCAUCAUCUACGGCUGGUGUGUUGGAUUUCCGUCUUCUUGUUGGCAAUGUCCAUUUAGAUGUUGUCAUUUUAACCAGUCCAAAAGUCACUUAUGUACAUACAUGAAACGCGCUUUGGCCUUUUGAGCUUCCGUAUCUUCCACGACGUUGAUAAGAGCCAGAGACGCGUUUGUGCUCCAUCUGAUCUGACGGUCUCGAUUCAUUCUAUACAAACUAAUUAUUUUUUCAUGAUGAUCUCACGGUGUCACAGAAAAUUUAAUUAAUUGGUAGUUAGAGAAAUUGUUACCAAGUUCGUUAGUCAAAAGGAUGAUAAGUAUGAUUAAUUUAUGUAUUUUAUUUUAAUAUUUUAUUAUAUUCAAUGGAAAAGUAUUAGAAAUA